UCUUCGACCAAAACACAGCGGAUCCUCCGGUUGUCAACACCACUCCGUGUCCGUGAAGUGUGAUCCUGCCAGCCUCCUGCACGUCCUCCUCAGCCUCUGACGCUACAGCCAUUACUCACCUGUCCGCUAGACAGGCCGUCUCAAUGCAUUACAGGGGACCGAAACCACCGAGGCGACAAUGGACGUGUCCGAUCUGUUUAGUAGUUGCAGAAAGGGCGACGUUUGUAGAGUCAGAUACCUUGUUGAACAAAGAGAUGCGGACCUUAAUGUAAGGGAUAAAUGGGACAGCACCCCUUUAUAUUAUGCCUGUCUCUGCGGUCAUGAGGAGCUGGUCCAGUACCUGUUGGCUAGUGGUGCCAAGUGUGAGGCCAACACGUUUGAUGGUGAGCGAUGUGUAUACGGCUCCCUGAGUGACUCUAUUCGGCGCCUGCUCAAGGAUUACAAGUGCGUCAGUGUCCGAGCCAUGCAGAGGAAUGAUUUCAACUACUUUCUGCACAUGUUAUUAGAGCAGGGUCAGCACAGUGAUGUGAAGUUCCUGGUUCAUGGGCAGACAUUUCUGGCCCACCGAUGUGUUCUCAGCGCACGCUCAGAGUACUUCACAGAGAUGUUUGAAACCAAGUGGAAAGGAAAGAACCUCAUCACUCUCAAGCACCCUUUGAUCAAUCCUGCAGCUUUUGGAGCUAUCCUGCAAUAUUUCUAUACAGGAAGAAUGGAUAUCGACAUAAGUCUUGUGGAGGACAGCAGGCGGCUGGCUAAGCAGUGCAAAAUGGCAGAUCUAAUGGAAGAGCUGGAGAAUAAAUGCAAACAACUCUAUGAAUUCGUGUCCAAUAAGCCAGGAAUCUGUGUUAAAGUGCUCAGCCUGGAGCCUCAUACCUGUCAGCUGCAGGAGGAGAUGGCUCAGCUCGCAGACUGUGCACUGCCUACUGAAUUAAGAGUUGGAUUUGGUGAACUUCCUUUUAACAGGGUAGACCGCUUCCCUACUUAUCCUGACAUCUGCUUCAGAGUCGAAGGUUAUGAUUUCUUGUGUCAUAAGGCAUUCUUCUGCGGACGGAGCGAUUAUUUUAAAGCCUUGCUGGAGGACCACUUCAGCGAGGGAGAGCAGCUGCAGUCUCAGCCCAGCACCCCAGUGAUCACUUUACACAACAUCUCGCAUGAAAUCUUCAUCCACGUCAUGUAUCAUAUCUACACGGAUGACACAGAGCUGACGAUGGAGAACGUGUUUGACGUGCUGUGUGUAGCGGACAUGUAUCUGCUGCCGGGCCUGAAACGCCUCUGUGGGAAGACGCUUGGUAAGACCAUUUGCGAAGACAACGUCCUACAUAUGUGGAAGACGGCCAAACUCUUCCGUCUCUCACGGCUUGAAGAUCAGUGUGCGGAGUUCAUGGCCAAGAACAUUGAACGGCUGGUGGAGCAGGCCGAGUUUGCUGACAUCAUAAAAGAGGACGCGGCAUCGGUGGAGGAAAGACACGAGACAGACUCUGUCCCUCUGGUGGACGACAUCCGCUACCACAUCGCCAGCAACGUCCAGACGUACAGUGCCAUCGAGGAGGCCAACCAGAAGCUGGAGGCCUUGGAGGAGCUGCUGUCCAGCAUUAAUAUUGACUGCUGAGGAGGUUGGCAGGUUUGUGAUGCAGCUGCUAAGGACAUUUUAAGUUGAACUGUUGAUGGGAUAAUGAAGAUCUGAAGUGACAAAAGCAACAAAAAGGUAAAAAAAAAAAAAAAAAAAAAAAACAUAUGCACUCGUAUGUUUGCAUUUUUUUAUAUUUUAUUUAGCCUGCAGUGUAUUGCACUGAAUAUACUAAAUCUGGAAGAAGCUGAUGUUGCCUGGGUAUAUUCAGAGACAGCUGUUUGUUGGCCACUCAAGGCUUCCUCAAGAUCAAUAUACUAGAUAUGAUGUGUACUGUAUGAGGUGUAAAUGUUCUUAAAGAUGGACUGUGAAAAUUCUUGGUAUUGCAUAUUUUCAAUGUAAUAACUUUGCAUUACAAAUGCAUGAGCCUAUUUUAGACAAUAGUUGUAACUGCUGAAAGUAAGGCUGCCUGAUUCUUCUGCUCCUCACAAUUAUAGUUUGGCCCAGAAUAUAUUCUUAUAUAUAAUAAAAGAACUUCAUGAAAUAGUAUUUUUAUGUUACAGAAAAAAAACCACCAUCUGAGUCCAUGCCAUCCUCUAAAAAUCAGAGCUAUAAAUAAAGAGACGUUUAUGUGACCUCCCUUUGUUAAGCAAAUAAAUAAUCUUCCUCAAACUCUUAUUUUGAUGUUAUUUCAAAUAUGUAUUUUGUUUUUGUGUGGAUUUUGCUGUCCUUCACUGAAAAAUUACUCUCACUGUUACUCCUGCACUUUGUAUAAACCUAAAAUAUAUAUUUUUCUCCAGCAACCCUUGUACUGUUUACCAGAACAUAAACUUGUUGGCAGAGUCAUCCAUCUGUUCACCUGAUGUUGUGAAAAUGGAAAAAGAAUUAUGCUCUUAAUUUACAUAUUAAACAUGAUAUUGAAAGCAGAA